UGAGAAGUAAAGUGUCAGUGCGAGCGGAGCGGGGACACCAGUGGCUCCGUGGAACCGCGGCGUCCCUUCCCCCUCACCGCCGGGAUUAAAGUUCAGGCCGACGCGCUUCCUCCGUGCGUUUAAACGAGCGUCAGUUCCCGUUUCUCCGCCACAGAUCAUUUGUUGCUGUCCGACAGUCCGGGAGCGGAGCUUCAGCCCGGCGCACUGGCGGAUACGCGCAGACUUCCAGGAUCUCAGAUGGAGCGGCUGGCGCCUGAGAUGUGAGCCGUGUUAUGCGAGCCAAGGUGUCUCCCCACCUUGCCGGAGGUGGGAAGAGAUGCUGCGCCGCGUAGCCAUGGCAGCAGAAGUCCUCCUUCUCCUCGGGUUCCUGGCGAGCGGCGCGCUCUGUGGCCCCGUGGCGAGCCUGCCGCCGGGCCGGGAUCGCCUGGAGAGGGUGCUGGCCCAGUCCCGGGAGGACAAGCCGGGCCCCGAGGAGUACGCCGCGCAGGAAACUGACGCCUUCGGCCCCAACAGGACCGCCCCGGACCUGGCCAGGCCGGACUUCAGGUCCCUGACCGGGGGACUAAAAGGCGGCAAGUCCCAGGAGCAGUGGAGCGAGCAGGACAGUCUCAACCAAAUAGACGAGGGCCCCACCAGCGACGUGGCCCUCUCGCUGGACGCCAUAGACGAGUACGCCUACCCGGACUACAGAGGGAAAGGCUGCAUGGACGAGAGCGGCUUUGUGUUUGCCAUCGGCGAGCAGUUCACGCCGGGCCCCUCGACGUGUCCUUGCCUCUGCACGGACGAGGGCCCUCUGUGCACCAAGCCUGAAUGUCCCAAGGUCCACCCCCGCUGCAUCAAAGUGGACACCAGCCAGUGCUGCCCUCUGUGCAAGGAGAAAAAGAACUACUGCGAGUUUCGGGGCAAGGUCUACGGCUCGCUGGAGGAGUUUAAGGUGUCGCCGUGUGAGAAGUGCCGGUGCGAGCCCAGCGGAGAGGUGCUGUGCUCGGUGUCCGCCUGUCCUCAGACCGAGUGCGUGGACCCGGAGUACGAGCCCGACCAGUGCUGUCCCAUCUGCAAGAGCGGGCCCAACUGCUACGCCGACACAGAGGUGAUACCGGCCGGCCGAGAGGUGAAGAUCGACGACUGCACGAUCUGCUACUGCACCUACGAGGAGGGCACGUGGCAGAUUGAACGGCAGGCCACCUGCAGUAAAAACGAGUGCUAGCAAAGCUAAAGACUGGCACAGGUGAGGAGGGGCAGAGGAGGCGGCAGCCUCGGCAAUCCGCAUGCACACUCCAGGACUGUGAGCCGGUCCACUGAUCAUCAGGGUCGGACAGCGGCGCUCCAAAAAUUCAGCAUUUAUACGUCCGUCACUCCUCUACGACUGAAAAUGCUUUUAUGAAAGUUUCUAAUCUUCGCACAGAUUAUCUAUUUAUCUAUGUAUUAAAUUAUUUCUGAAUAUAUUCAAAAUAUGAAGUCAUGCUAAACUAGUGAUGAAAUAUUUUUUUAUAGUUUCUGUAGUUUAAUAAGCAAUGUACUGGACCAGAGGUCAAUAACUACUAAAGAAUGUACAGAACACACGGGCACACAGCUGUCUCAAUGUCUAAACACGUGGCGUCAUCCUGACCAGACCCGGCACCAGGCCCGACUUCAGUCCAAACGCCACCCUACACCCCACAACACCCCCCCCACCCCCACCGCCACCUGUCCCUACGCCUGAACUGUCCCUACACCGGUCCCAACACCAGGCCCGACCCAAGUCCCUCUACCACCAAAGUGCAGACCAGACCAUCUUUUAUAACCAACGGUGGCCAAAGAUUAGCUGUUAAGAUGAUCAAGCUCUACGUAAAUACAGAGAAGUGCAAAAGUAUUCACACCCCCUUAACAUUUCCACAUUUUGUCUCCUUGGUGGGGGUUUUUUGGGAGGAGGGAUUUCAUGUGAUAGAUCAACACUAAGUGAGUUAGAAGGGGAGAUACAUGUGUCCAGGCCUUUUUAUACAGGUAAAAAUGUGAAAACUGUGAUCUGCAUUUGUAUCCAGCCCCCACGCCACUCUGGCCUCUAUUAAAGAAGAAGAAGAAGAAGAAGCACCUUAAUUGUCCCACAGUGGGGAAAUUCAGGCGUGACAGUGGCAAAAGACACAAAGACGGAGAUAAAGACUAGAUCAGCAGCGAAUAACAAGCUAAUCUAAAGUCAAGUUCUAAAGCAGCAGAGAGUGAACUUACCAGAAAGGCGUAAGAUAAAAAAUAAGAAAACUGCACAAUUAUUGAUGAUAUGCCACGUUGAAAUAAAAUGCAAUAAAAGUUAAACGCAGGAAAUACAGCAGGCAAUUUACAGAAGGAUCAGAGAAAAACAUGCAAUAUGCUUGAUUGUACAAGCGGCACCCCAGAGUAGCUAAAGACAUUUGACGUUUGCUCACGCUUUAACAUAUCUGGGGUGCUGCUUGUAAAUUCUUAAGAAGAAAACCAUUGUUGAGAGAAUCUAAUAAGGCGUUGGAAAUGAAGUCCCUCAGGAAAAACAUUUGUCAUGUAGUCUUCAGAUCUUGUAUGAUGGCAAGAAAAAGCCAUAAGACGUCCAGUUUAAAGUUUGGUGCAAGCCAUUUAGGGGAAAUGCAUCACCCUACUCCUGUCAUGGUGGUGGCAACAUCACGCUGUUGCAGCAGGGACAGGGAAGCUGGUCAAAGUUAAUGGGAAGAUGGAUGGGGCUAAAUACAGGGUAAUGAUGGACGACAAUCAGUCAGAUAAUUCUAAGUGAACAAUAAGUGGAGCAUAAGUGGACAAUAAUAAGUGGAGGUUCACCUUCCAGCUGGAAAACCACCAUAAACAUACAGGCAGGGCUACUAUGGACUAAUUUAGAUUCAACCAAAUUCCUAUGUUAGAGUGGCCUAGUCAAAGCCCAGACUUAAAUACAAUUAUAUAUGGCAAGAAAAAUGCUUUUAAACACUCAGUUUCAUUUAUUUUACAAACAAGCAACAGUAUUUUGUAAUUUAAAUCUCUAAGUCGGUAGAGCUAAACCCAAAAAUACUAACUGAGGGGGGCUGAAUAUCAAUGAAUGCAACAUUUUUAUUUGAAAAAGAAAGGAAUUCAUGUUUUAUUUUUCUCCCACUUUGCCAUUAUUUACUACGUUGUUUUGCUCUCUUGGUCUAUCCCCAAAAAUCCCAGUAAAACACAUUGAAGUUUGCAGUUGUAACAUGAAAAAUGUGAAGGAAAAAAAAAAAAUCAAAGGGAAGUGAUUACUUUGGCGCCAUAGUGUUGCAGUAAAAAGAAUCCAGAGGGUAAUUUAAGAGGACUCGACUGUUUCUGCGUUUCUUUCAUCAUUUCUGGAUGUUGAAAUGUGCUUUGAUUUAAAAGUGCUUUUUUUUGUAUUUCUCUGCGUAUUGAUGUUCAUGUUUGAAAUAAAUGCCAAUCUGUGCUCUGUAAAUGCUCAAAUAGUAACUUUUUAUAGUUCAUGUCGGUGGUGUUUUGUAUUGACGAGUCUUACAAACGAAUAAAAAACGUUCCCGGUUUUAUUUGAA